UGAUUCUGCUGAAUAAAGGUUUGUUUUAAGAAUUUAAGCUGUUUUGAUCGACAGAAACAGUUUUGUAGUUUUAAUAGUUUUAUCAGCGAUGUGAAAUGAGUUUAUUUACUAUUUAAUGUAACAUUGUGAUUCUUUAUCUAUCUGUAAUGAAGGAUAUUUGUGUGAGUAAAACUCAUAUCCACUGAUGAGAAACAGUAAACCUGCGUCUCAUUUCUCUCUAUAUAUAUCAUAAAUCAGUUUAUCAUGAACACGAGUUCAGUCUCUGGAGAGUCAUGAUGGAGAAACGGAACUUUUCAACUCCGAGUCAAUUGAAUCAAACACUUUGAGAAAUGAUUCAGUGAAUCGCGACUCGUGCUGCUCCAACAGUGAACAUGAACAAGAACAACAAACACUAACAAACUAACUAAUCACGUUUUCAUCAAAGAGUAAUCAUUUAAAUAUAAUCUAUAAUCCUUUAAAUACCAAAUGUAGAUCAUAAAUGUCUAAAUAUUAAGUUUAUUAAUUUGCAGCGUUAGUUUUGGGUCAUUGAAGACUUAGAACUUUAAUUCUCUUCUUAAAGAUGGCGUUUAUUAAAGAGGAGACUGAAUACAUGAAGAUGAUUGAGUUUAUUAAAGAGGAAAGUGAAGAUAUGAAGAUAAUUAUUAAAGAUGAGUCUGAAGACAUGAAGAUUGAAGAAACAUUCAGUGUGAAACAUGAAGAAACUGAGGAACAAACAGACCUAAUGUCACUGAAAGAAGUGAGUCAUGAACCUAAUGAAAGGGAAGAAGAGAAAGAAUAUUAUGAUGAACGUCAUGAUUUCAUGAAUGGAGAAAGAUCAACACAGGUUUCCCCACAAAAAGGAGUUCAAAAGACAGGAACUAAGAGUUUCACACACAAAAAACACCUUAAAGUCCACAUGAGAAUUCACACUGGAGGGAAACCAUUCACCUGCCAGCAAUGUGGAAAGAGUUUCAGUCAUAAAGGAAGCCUUAAAAUCCACAUGAGAAUCCAUACUAGAGAAAAGCCUUUCACCUGCCAACAGUGUGGACAGAGUUUCAGUCAUAAAGGAAGCCUUAUAGGCCACAUGAGAAUUCACACUGGAGAAACGCCAUAUAUCUGCCGACAAUGUGGACAGAGUUUCAGUCAAAAGGGAAGCCUUAAAAUCCACAUGAGAAUCCAUACUAGAGAAAAGCCUUUCACCUGCAAACAAUGUGGGAAGAGUUUCAGUCAUAAAGGAAGCCUUACAGCCCACAUGAAAAUUCACACUGGAGAAAAGCUUUACACCUGUCAAGAGUGUGGAAAGAAUUUCAGUAAUAAAGGAAAACUUGAAAUUCACAUGAGAAUUCACACUGGAGAAAAGCCUUACACCUGCCAAGAGUGUGGAAAGAGUUUCAGUGAGAAAGGAAACCUUACAGUCCACAUGAGAAUUCACACUGGAGAAAAGCCUUACACCUGCCAACAGUGUGGAAAGAGUUUCAGUCGAAAAGGACACCUUAUAGACCACAUGAGCACUCACACUGGAGAAAAGCCUUACACCUGCACUCUGUGCGGGAAUGGCUUCACACGGGAAGGAAGCCUUAGGGAACACAGGAGAAUUCACAUUAAAGAGAAGCCAUUUACAUGUGAUCAGUGUGGAAAGAGUUUCAUAUAUAAAGAUUUCAAAGGAGCCACAGAAUUCAAAACAUCAGAACAUGAAGAGUUAAACUGGAUACUCAACUCCUCAGGUCCCAUACCAGAACAAGGACUGAAAAACAUCUAGCA